AUGGCGCAAGCUGCACUUGUUUCACCGCCUCACAAACACCUCGCAGAUCCCUUCUAUCGAAGAGCGAGGUAUUAUCUUGAAGCUGAUGAGCAAAAGGGCGAGGGGGAAUAUUUUGUCACUCUCGCCCAUACGCAAUGUUGCAUUCUCAUGGCUCAUUUCGAAGUGCUAAAUAUGUGGUUCUCCCGAUCAUCGAUGAGUACAUCAAAGUCUGUUCGCCUGUCGCAGAUUCUAGGCCUCCAUCAGCUCGAUGGUAAAAACGACUGGAGACGAAAUGCAACGCUUCCGGAACCAAAGGAUUGGUGUGAGCUUGAGGAGAGGCGAAGAACACUGUGGGCUGUGUUUUGCAGUGAUAAGCAUACGAGCGGCACUACUGGAUGGCCAAGUCUGAUGGACGUCAACAAGAUCAGCACGCUAUUGCCAGCCUCGGACGAAGCCUUUCAACUUGGCAUGGAGGAACCCUCAACGUCAUUGCCUCAAGUUCUCGGCGGUGACAACUCUCUCUGCUCGUCAUUCGGAUAUCGCAUUACAACGACUCAUUUAUUCCACGAAUGUCUCGAUCAUACUUACCAGGACCACCAAGCCUCUGACCUAGCAGACAUCCAAAACAGUCAGUUCUGGAAACGCCAUCGCGAUCUCGACACAAGUCUCUCAACAGCGUUCAUUACGCUCCCCGAAACGCUCCGCGGGUCACUUACUCAGGAAGCAACCAACAUAAACCUCCAGUUACACACCGCGUCAAUAUGCAUCCACCGCGUCGGUUCCGUCCAGGCCAAGAAGCACAGUAUCUCUUCUGAUGUACUCUCCAACACACAGGCGCGUCUUGUCCCUUCUGCUGACGCGAUAUUUAACAUCAUUGCUUCGCAGCCUGACGUGACAGCCAUGUUCGGCAAACCUCUUGUGACAUUCGCAGCAUAUAUGGCGACAUAUGUGUUUCUAGAAGAUUAUGUGUCGGCACAGAAUCGCAGCAGCGAGAUGAAGAUGACAGCGCUCAUGGAUCUCAUGAUCACGAUUGGACGCGAGAACCCUGUUACUGCAUCUGCAGCCAUACAAAUGGCGCAUGAGUUACGGAAGACCGGGAUUGAUGCAUCAGCUGUUGACAAGGUCCAGGAUCUUAUGGAGAGGAGUGCAAAAGGGCCGCUCUUGGGACAGCAGAAUACGGCUGAGGGCAGCGUCUUGUUCUGCCCAUUUGAUGGACCUUCUGGACCUGCGCCACCCGGCGUACCAAGCGAGAUACUGAGGGGUAACCUCAGCGGUUUUCCUUAG